CGGGGACCCUGCCCUGGAGGCAGCCGGAACACCCCGGACUGGGCAACCGCGCGCGGGACGACCGCCCACUUCGUGGUGAGGGAGCAUGUUGGCCAAUAGCGAAAAAGCGCAGGAGGCUACACCGCGUUUUCCAAAAGGCAGAGUCCAACAGUUUACAGUGCGACUUUGGCUUCGCUGGGGAAAAGCACAAGCAGACGUGUGAGCAUGGGGAAAAGAUUGGAAUUAUUUAACAGCGGUCACCUUCAGGUGAUGGGACGCGGGGUGACAUUCAUUGUCUUCUUUAUAUGUUGUAUGUUUUUGUGUUUUCCACAUUGCCCACAGUCAACAUACAUCACUUUUUGAAUCGGAAAUUGCUCUUUUCUUUUGAAAGGGUUAAUGUCCUCUUCUGGGGAGCUCACAGACGGAUGAUGAAGGAGAAAAGCAAGUGAGCAAGUGACCAGAAUGGAGUAUGGCGGGUGGGAGUGGACAGGAGCCAAGUAAGAGUGGAGGAGAGGGAGGGGCUCCAAGGAGGGGCCUGCGGAUGGGCGGGCAGAGGGCUGGGGGGCAGCUUGGAAGAGAUGCUGGAGCUAGGUCUUGGGGCACUCGGGGACCCGCAGCGUUAGGCUGGAAAUGAGAGCAAGGACGUCUGUGGGGAGGGAGGGAGGGAGGGAGGGUUGGCACUGAGUUUGAGACACAGAGGCAGGAGAAAGGAAGCCUGAGUUGGGAUAGGGGACAGGCCCCCGGGGAGGCUGGAGCCCAGGGUAGUGGGUCAGAGAGCGCGAGACCAGACUGAGCUGCAGUCAGCCAGGCCUGCAUGUGAGCCUCUGGCUGCCCCACUCUCUCGUCUGUCCCUGCAGGACCUGGCAGGAGGCCUGAGGUCUGAGCAGCUGGGCUCAGGGAAGGAUGGAGAGCCUGGGAUUGAAUCCUGGUCUGAGGACUGCCGUGGCCCAGCUUUGUAACCUCGGGCAAAUCAACUCCCAAGUCUCAGCGUCCUGUAAAACAGGGAUCCUGAUUUCACCAUCAGGGCUCAACUGCAGAACUUUUGCGUCGAAGCUACUUCCUUGCCCUCGCAAGUAGCCGUGGGAGCCAGCAUUGUUCGGAGCCCCAUUUUAUAAACCUUGAACCUGGGACCCUGCGAACCCAGGACAGGGAGGUAACUGGAGAUGAGUCCAGGGGCGUCAUCCUGUCAGCCACAGCUACUGGAGUCCUGCUCCUGGGGCCCAACCCGGGACUGCAGCAGUCCUGCUGUAGGGCCUAACAGGUCCUGGGGUGGUGUCUCUUCCACUGAGCUCCCUGGGUCUCCAACCACAGCCCGAAUAAUGAACAGUGUUUGGGGGUCCCAGACCUCCAAGAGCACAGAACGAUGCUCUCGCCAUAUGACCAGUGAUCUUUCUCACCCUCACCUUUCAUUUGUUGGGAGCAAGAGAAGGCCGGUGGGAAUAAACUCCCCGGCUGUGAGGGCAAGUGGCAGAGCCUGAGUUGUCUAGCCUGGAAACUCAGGACUGAAACUAGCCCAGCUGGAAGAGUGUGGGUUGGGGCCUAACAGGGCCAGAGGGCACUUGGGGUCAGGACACACACCUGAGCACAGGAAUGCUCCCAGUCCAAGACCCCAGCUAGGAGGAGACUGGCUGUGGCCCCGAGGGCGGGCUGCACGCUUUAAUGGGACACAUGUCGCUGUGUGGCCCCCUCAAGCCCAGCCUGUGCCCGGCUUUGAGCAGACACAGGCAGAAAAUCGCUGCAUUGUCCCAACAUUAGGACGACUAAUGUGGCGUUGCCAGCGUGGCCAGAGCGUGAAACCCGCAGAAAGGCCUUGCUGGCGGGUCCUCCCUGCCUCCGCAUCUUCAUCAGACACACGGAGGCCUGGUGUGUUGUCAUAGUCAUUAGCGGGGCUCAGAACCAGCUGGACCCAUGGACCUUCCUCAGUGGGUGCCCCCCAGAAUGCUUGGAGGCAAGGGACGGCAAGCACUAGGAGCAGAUACGACAACAUGGGCACUAAGCCUGGGACCCAGGGCAGCUCCGGUGGCCAAGCCGGCGGCUUCCGCAAGAUCUCCAAGCCACUGAUGGAGAAGAAGCGACGGGCACGCAUCAAUGUAUCGCUGGAGCAGCUGAAGUCGUUGCUGGAAAAACACUACUCCCACCAGAUCCGGAAACGCAAGUUGGAGAAGGCGGAUAUACUGGAGCUGAGCGUCAAGUACAUGAAAAGCCUUCAGAACUCGGCUCAAGGGCUCUGGCGGGUCCCCAGCGGAGCCGAGUUCCCGUCUGGCUUCCGCAGCUGUCUGCCGGGAGUUAGCCAGCUUCUGGUGCGCGGAGAGGACGGCGGCGGCGGCCUGCGCUGCCCCCUGGCGCUUGAGCGCGCAGGUGGCAGCACCAUGGACAGCGCCAGCCCGAGCCCGGAGGCGCCCGCGCCGCUUGGCUCCUGCGUCCCCGCCAUUUGGGCCCCUGCUCCAGCCAUCGGCGCCUCGAGGUCCCAGCCACCCCGGCUCCUCUUCCCUGGAGGUCUCCCCGGCCCGUCCUCCAGCGUCCCGGGGCCGCAGCCGGCCCCUCGCCGCUGCGCCGAGAGCCCGGGGCCGGGUCUGGGGGUUUGGCGGCCCUGGUGAGUCCCGGCGCCGCCUCAGACUCAAGGGGGCCCCCUUCUGGCCCCGGGACGCAGAGACUGUUUAGAGCGCGCCUGCGGUGAUGGCCGGGACCCCAGUCUUCCGUCUUGGUCCCGUGGCAGGGGUGGCUGGGAGGGUGCCGCGUGCCCGCGAACGCGAGGAAAUACACGGAGCCUCGAGGGGGACCUGUGCCCCCCCCCCCCCAGCCCCACCUACUCAAGCUGGACCCGCUCUCUCCUCGUCCCACCUUCUCGCGGGGCUGGGAGGGGAUGUCCCAGGCUGCUCCUCUUUCCCAGGGCCCCCGGCGGGCAGCCCGCCCCCGCCCCCGCCCCGCAGCCUCGCCGCUGUGGGAAGGUCGCCGUCGGCAGCGGCGCAGAGCGGACCCCUCGCAGCGAGGAGAAUCGCUGCCCCGCCCCGGCCCAUUCAGCCAGCCGAGGACGCCCGGUUCCCACCGGCACAAAGCUCGCCGGGUCCCGCCCCGCCGGCGAGGGGCCCCCAGCCCACCCCCACCUUGGAGCUUCUCGGCUUCCACGGGUCCCCACCCCCUCCGCACGCAGCACAGCCCACCCGGCCGGCGCGCUCUCUGAGGCCCGCCCAUCUCAGAAGACCUGCCCCGAGCUGCCCCCGCUCAGCAGCCCGCCCUGCCGCCAGAUGCUCCGCCCACCGCUCGGGUCACCCCACACCCCGCAGCGCGCGGCUCCUGAGGGUUCCGGCCGCCGGACUUCUUGUUGCCGCCACAGAACCCGCGACCCUCGACAGCCCUCCGAGCGCUCUGCGCCUGUUUAUUCUUCCGAAAACGAGGUCAUUGCUGUGCUCCGACCCUAGCCCGGGGUCCCGGUGUUCGAGGGGCAGCCUGGGGCUGGGGGAUGAGAAUCCUGCGCCAAGCCCUGGGAGGGAUCCUGGCAUUUCCAGCUUGAAAUUCAGAAUACAGACAGUGGCGAACCUGUGAGAUGGGUACAAAGAGACCACGGAAGUCCAAAUUUCUCCCACGAUGCCUACUGGGGUGCAUCUUUUGAACUACAAAUACUGACUUUCUAUAAAACAUUUCCCAUUUAGGGAUACCCCUGCUUUGCUUAUGUGUGCUAAGCCCGUUCUGGUUAGAGUGCGGGGAGAGAGCGGCCCGGCUCCCCCACUCCGCCCAUCAGUCUCUCUGGAGCGCAGGCGGGGAGGGGGUCUCGGCUAUGGCGGCCGGGGGGGGGGGGGCGCGGCGGCCCCUGGGGUCUCGGCCUCCUGCUACGUUGGGGGCGAGUGGGGGACAGGAGCAGCCGCAGUAAUCCCUCUGCCAGCCACUAGGUGGCGACCUUAUACCGCGGACCCAGGGAGCGGCCUCCAAACUCGUACCCGGGCUGGAGCGGGUCACCA